CAGCAUCUCAUUCCUGUCUCAAUAUGUCUCAAGAUGGCGGCCAAUGCAGGAUCGAUGUUUCAAUAUUGGAAGCGCUUUGACUUACAACAACUACAGAAAGAACUAGAUGCCACCGCCACACAGCUUGCCAACAGACAGGACGAGAGUGAACAGUCCAGGAAGAAACUAAUCGACCUGAGCCGCGAGUUCAAGAAGAAUACACCAGAGGAUUUACGGAAACAGGUUGCCCCUUUACUCAAGAGCUUCCAAGGAGAGAUCGAUGCCUUGAGUAAGAGAAGUAAAGAAGCAGAGGCCGCCUUCUUGAACGUGUACAAGAAAAUAAUCGAUGUCCCAGAUCCUGUACCUGUGUUGGAGCUGGCUCAGCAGCUGCAGCUGAAGCUCCAGAGGAUGCACGACAUUGAGACAGAGAACACCAAACUUCGAGAGACACUGGAGGACUACAACAAAGAGUUUGCAGAGGUCAAAAACCAAGAGGUGACCAUUAAGGCCUUGAAGGAGAAGAUCCGUGAGUACGAGCAGUCCCUGAAGAAUCAAGCUGAGAACCUGGCCCAAGAGAAGCAGCUCCAGCUACACAACGACUAUGCAGAGAAGGAGAGGAAACUCCAGGAGAGCCAGGACUCCAUGUCCUCAAGGUUGGAAGAGGCUGAACACAAGGCCCAGUCCCUACAGACAGCACUUGAAACAACUCAGGCCGAGCUCUUUGAUUUGAAGACAAAGUAUGACGAGGAAUCCACAGCAAAGGCCGAUGAGAUUGAGAUGGUGAUGACAGACCUGGAAAGAGCCAAUCAGCGAGCAGAAGCAGCUCAGAGAGAGGCGGAGUCACUCAGAGAGCAGCUGUCCUUGAGUAACCAAUCCCAGCAGCUCAGCAGCCCGGCCAAGGCCGACCCCGACACGGAACAGGCGGCAGAGGUGGCAUCCCACUCAAGUCUGGAGGCGGAGCUCAGGGCCAAAGAAAGGGAGACCGCCCAGCUGGUGGAUGACGUCCAGAGACUGCAGGCCAGCCUGACCAAACUCCGAGAGACCACCAGCUCCCAGAUCACACAGCUGGAGCAGCAGCUCAGCAGCAAGACUGCCAUUCUCAAGGAACUGGAGGAGAAACUGCAGAAACAAGCUGACUAUGAGGAGGUGAAGAAGGAGCUGAGUAUUCUCAAGUCUAUGGAGUUUGGAACAUCUGACUCUGUGCAGGACUCCUCCAAACCUCUGGAGGUGCUCUUGCUGGAGAGGAACCGUAGUCUUCAAUCUGAGAGCGCCGCUCUGCGCAUCGCCAACACUGAGCUCAGCGGGUCAGCCGGGCGAAAAGGGACAGAAGAGUCCACAACGAAGGAGGAGACCAUGCCCAGCGAUCCCUCUUCCUCGCCCCCUCCUCCCCCUCCCUCUCUUCCUUCCUCCUCCCAGCUCCCCCUGUCUCGCACUCAUACGGACCCCCUCAACACUGCCACCACCACCAGCAGCGGCGAAACACACCCUUUCACUCCUACGGGCAUUGGACAGGACUUCUACUCCCCUGUGUUCCCUCUGGUGGGUGGUAAGAUGGCUUUGAACUCCCUGAUCCAGCGGCAGCUGCUCCAGACCUUCUACUCCAAAGCCUUGCAGGAGUCGUCUGGAAUCCCCAGUGGGGCUCUACUGUUCACCCCCUUCACUCCAACCCUCAGCUCCAUCCCUACCUCCACCCCUGGCUCUGGGUCUGCUGCCAUCCCUCUGGCAGCCAGCAGCCCCCAGCCGCCUCCAGCCAGCCCAGACAUGGCUCCCGUUAAUGGGAGCAGCACCGCUGGCAGCGCCCCAUCCCCAUCACCCAGCCACUCUGACGCUACCACAGGGAGUGUUUUGGACGGGGAGGACAUGGACACAGCAGAGAUUGCCCGACAGGUGAAAGAGCAGCUGAUCAAGCACAACAUUGGUCAGCGUGUGUUUGGCCACUAUGUGCUGGGACUGUCCCAGGGUUCGGUCAGUGAGAUUCUGGCCAGACCAAAGCCGUGGAACAAGCUAACCAUCCGGGGGAAGGAGCCCUUCCACAAGAUGAGGCAGUUCCUUGCUGAUGAGCAGAACAUCCUUGCACUGCGCAGCAUCCAGGGACGGCAGAGAGGUAACAUUACUGCUCGCGUCCGCACCCCAGAGGCAGGUUCAGAUGAGGCCAUCAAGUCCAUUCUGGAGCAGGCGAAAAGAGAGCUGCAGGUGCAGAAAGCUGACUUGUCCCAUGCUCAACCCUCAUAUGCAGGACUGAAAGGAGGGGGCGGAGGAGGACUAGGAGGUGGAGGGGGAAGUGGAUCAGAUGAGGCCAUCCGCUCCAUCUUAGAGCAAGCUCGCAGAGAGAUGGAGGCCCAGCAGGCUGCACUGGAGCCCAUCCUCAAAGCCUCAUCUUCCUCUUCCUCCUCAGCAUCACUAUCUCAGAGGGACCUGCUGAACUCUCCGCUCACCGCCCCCCUACCCCCUUACAACCCCCUGGCACUCUCCCUCAAGAAGCCUCCCAGCUCCCUCUUGUCCUCGCCCUCAUCCCCAUCUCCAGUCCUGGACUUCAGCUCCGGCAUGAAGAGGGAGGGCAGGGCUUCUUCAGGGAUUGACAUGUCUGCUGACGGAGCUCUCAGGCUGGGUCGGGGCUCUGAGGGUUCGGCCCGCUCUGGAAGCUCUGGGGGGGUGGGUUACUGGAGAGAGCAGUGGUGGAGCAACAUGCACACAGACACCCGCAGGAACAUAUCCAGCCAGACAGGAGAGGAGAACCACAACCAGGAGGACUCCAAAGAGGGAAUAUUGAGUGACAGUCUGUCUCGACACAAGCCGUGGAACAAGUUGAACCAGAGGAGCAGAGAGCCAUACCUCCGCAUGCAACCGUGGCUCAAUGGAGACCAGGGGCAAAACACACACAUCCAGCAAGCCCAGAACCAAGAGGGUACUCCCAAGACAUCAGCAAGCUGCAGUCCCGCUCCAGAGUCGCCCCUCAGUUCAGCUGAAGAGUCUGUCAACGGUCUCGCUGGGGAUCCACUCGCUUCACACUCCUCUAGUCUCAAACCUCCGUCUGAGGAUCCCUCAGGUGGGGAGUCUCAGCCUGGCACCCCGCUGCCUCUACCUGGUCACUCGGGUCUCAGCAUCCAGGAGAUGGUCGCAAUGUCUCCUGAGCUUGAUACUUAUGCCAUCACUAAGAAGGUUAAGGAGGUGCUGACUGAUAAUAACCUUGGCCAACGUCUGUUUGGGGAGACUAUCCUGGGUCUGACUCAGGGUUCUGUCUCAGACCUGCUGGCCAGGCCCAAACCCUGGCACAAGCUCAGCCUGAAGGGCAGGGAGCCCUUUGUCCGCAUGCAACUCUGGCUUCAGGACCCACACAGUGUGGAGAAACUCAUGGACAUGAAACGCUUGGAGAAGAAAGCCUACAUGAAGAGGCGACUGAGCUCCUUGAGUGAUAGCCAUUCUGUGGACGGGGGCUUGGUGGGGACAGAUUACGUGCAGGGCUCCCAGAGCCCGGGGCAGCAGCAUCUGAAGAAGCCCAGGGUGGUGUUGGGCCCUGAGGAGAAGGAGGCGCUGAAAAAGGCUUACCAGCAGAAACCCUAUCCCUCCCCCAAAACCAUUGAGGAGCUGGCCUCCCAGCUCAACCUGAAGACCAGUACUGUCAUCAACUGGUUCCAUAAUUACAGGUCACGUAUCCGGCGAGAGCUUUUCAUAGAGGAGAUCCAGGCAGCUGGAGGAGUAGGGCCUGGCAGUGAGGGGGGAUCUCCUUCCCUCCGUGGGUCCAAAUCAGGAGAGGGGGACAGCUGUGAUGGGACAGAAUCUGAGGGCACAAUGGAGACACGCCAGGGACUGGGCAUUGGCCUGGAGGAUCACAGAGGAGCAUGCAAAGACCACGACAUGGAGGCUGAGUCUGAGGCAGGGGGCUCUAAUAACUCCCCUGCUCAGAUAGACUGCACCACUUCAGGCUUAGCCGGGCCAGGCUCCAGCUGUGGACAGGGUGGACUAGGGCUCUUCAGCCUCACAGAGGCAUCCUCCAGUAGCCAUGCCUCUAGUACUAACAUCCCAGCCUCUGGCCCUGCCAGAAACCCCAGGGACAACAAUCUGCGCAAGAAGAAAGCAGCCAAUCUCAAUAACAUCAUCCACAGGCUGGAGAAGGCUGCCAGCAAAGAGGAUCCCUCAGAGUGGGAGUUCUAGCUCCCCCUGACCAUCCUUCAUCCCUCUCGUUUCAUAACCUCACGACCUCUAACCUUGGACCCCUCCUGCUCUGUUCCAGUUGGAGAGUGGACACAGCCAAAGUCAAGCUCAGCAGCCAUUUUUAUUACAUAGAAGCUUUCCGAAAAGAGGAAAGAAACAAAGAGUGGUUGGCAAAACCCUGAAAAGAAGAUUUACUGAAUACCUAGAAGAACAAAAUAAGAGAACUUAAGUGUCUCUCCUUUUUUUUUAACUGAGUUUUGUUUUUGUACUGAGAAAAGCACUUAGCCGUCCUGCUGGCCUCCGGCCCUGCUGUACCUCCCCCUAUCACCAGCCACUGGUGCACCAGACUGGUUAGUCCUGAGCUGGGGUCUGACCCACAGCUGGGGUUGAAACCUGGACUCAGUAACACAGGCAAGGCCUGACACAGCAGCUGUCACAGUGAUAGACACUGAUAGAUGAUAGAUAGAGACAGGAACUCUCUUACAAGAACUCUCACUUUCUUAAAGGAGAUUUUUUCCGCUCUUCUUCUCACCUCCCAAGUGUCCACAAACCUCCCCUCACUCAGUGAGACGCCUCAUUUUUCACACUGUAGAGUGACUGUUACAAACCCUUUGCCUUUUUCACUCACUGCGUGUGUGUGCGUUUUUGUAUGUUAGGGGUUGUGUCAGUGUGCACCUGUGUGUGUGUGU